CUUCUAGGUCUGAGCUGCUGCUGGCUGACUGAGUUUCUCCUGGGUUUAUCGGUCUUAUUGUUCAGAAUGUUGUUAAGGAUUAGAAAUUGAAUUAAACAUUUCGCUUAUACGUCGAUGAUGGAAAGUCGUGCGGGAGCAAACAUGCAGCAAACCGAUGAUAAAAGUGUGGAGGAACUGAUGGACGAGCACUUGAGGAGGAACGGACUCUUCCGUAAGAAGAUAGCCAAGGACGGGUCGUGUUUAUUCCGAGCUGUGGCUGAACAGGUGCUGCUCUGCCAGGGCCUGCACGACAAGGUUCGAGCUGAGUGUGUAAAAUACCUCAGGAAGAAGCGAGACCUGUAUGAGUCGUUCAUCGAGGGUGAUUUUGAGGAGUAUCUGCUGAGGCUUCAGGAUCCUCAGAGCUGGGUCGGGCAGGUGGAAAUCAGCGCUCUGUCCGUCCUGUAUGAACAUGAUUUUAUCAUCUAUCAACAGCCUGGAGAAGAACCAGUAAACAUCACAGAGAAUGGCUUCACUGACGAGGUGCUACUCUGCUUCCUUAAUGGGAACCAUUAUGACAGCGUGUACCCAGUAACCCAUGCCAAGAAUGCCGCCAUGUGCCAGUCUAUCCUCUAUGAGCUGCUGUAUGACCGUGUGUGUGGUGUUGAGAGGAGGACGUUGUCACCUAGCCUGAAGGAGUCCAAAUCCAGGGAUGAGUUUGUAGAAGUAAACCAGCGUGAGAGCAGUGAAGAGUCCGACCUGGACGAAGGAGACGACUUCUGGUCGGGUUUAUCUACCGGCAGGCCAGCUGGUGUGCACAGAACAUCUUAUAAGGGCCGUGGAAGGGGCCAAGCCAGAGGAAGAGGACGGGGCAGUCUUCUUCAUAAAGUGCAGCACUCCCUGAGCCCCAUCCACUUCAGGAACGUGGAGUAUGAUGUGUGGCUGCGCUCAUUAAAAGUUCAGCAGAGGAGAGACUUCUGCAUGGCGGCAGGGAUGCAUUACCAGACUGGAGACAAAUGCCAGGUACGGUUGAAUAACACUGGUCGUUUUUACAGUGCCCACAUUCAGGACGUCGGCCCCAAUGAUGGACCAGUUACAGUCUUCAUCGAGGAGCUCGGAGAGAAGCACACAGUUCCACUUUGGAGUCUGCGCACUCCUUCAGAAGAUUCUUGGUCUACAGUAAAUGAGACGAGCAAGAGACGCAGUUCAUCCACCAGUAACAUCCACUCAGACGAACGAGAGACCAAACCUGGAAGAAAGGCCGCUAGCCAUCUAGAGCAGCAGCAUUCCUGGCCUCCACAGGACUCCAAGGAGCUUCAGUCACUGAGGAAGAAUGCCAACAGAAGAGCCGAUCAGGAUGCCGGAGUGGUGUGUAUGUCGCCUACAGAGAAAGAGGAACACGACCUGUUAGAGCUUUUGCACAAAGAUGAGGAGAAUUUCCCCACCCUUGGGGCCUGUGCGCAGGCUGCUUGUAGUGAAGGCAGUAAAAGAGCUGAGAAGAAAGGUGCUAAAAAGAAAGCAGACACAGAAACCAAAGGUCAGUCCCCAAAGAAUGUUCCGAAAGCAGAAAAGGCAAAGCAGGUGGGCUCAGAGGAUCAAGACCAAAGAACCCCUUCUUCCCUCAAAGAAGAGCCAAACUCUUCACCUUCUGCCACCUUACCUGCCGCUUCAUCCUCCAAAGGCACCAAAACUGUUCCUGCAUCGACGCCUGCCCCUUCUCAGACUGCCCGAGUGCCCUCUAAAACAGCUACCGUGUCCACUCAGAUUCCCCAUACCAAACCCCAAACUGCUCGUCCUUGUUCUACAGGACUCGCCGUUUCAUCUCAAACAGUCCCAGAUCAAUCAGCCAAAACCCCCGUGUCUCCGACCCCCACCGCUGUCCGGCCCGAAACUAUUCCCGUCACAUCUGCGGCCACCCCUGUAUCAUCUCAAAACAGUCCCGUCCAAUCUCGGACCGCCCUCGGGUGCAACCCUGUCUCGGUGCCAUCGUUACCCCCCGACUGUACUCAGACACCCCAUUCCCAAAAAUCUGGCACACCUGCACCAGUAACUGCCCCACCAACCACCACUACUCCUGUUCCUUGCCAAAUGACUUUACCUCCUCUGGUCUCCUCUCAGACUGCCCCUGCAGCCUCUUCUCCUCUAUCCAAAACAAGCUUAGCACAUCCUGAACCCUCCGCUGGCCUCCCUCAGCCUGCACUGGUAACUACCCCUGCUGCCGCUCCUUCAUCUGCCCCGUCUCCUAACAUUACCUUCACCAUGCCUGCUGCCUUGAACACUCCUCCGAAAGACGUUCCUGCCUACGCGUCAGCUGAUCAGCCUGGCUCACCUGGUGUGCCCACACCUGCCCAAAUGCCCGCCUCUCAUGUCCCCUUUCAGCAAGAGUCCAACACUUAUCCACCGUACCCUCCCCUAUAUACCACCCGUGCACCAUCUUCUUCUUCACUGCCUCCUUUUAAUAUGAUGCCAAUUCCCCAACUUCCUCCACCUGCCCCCACUCCACCCUACUGUCCCACAGAGCCUCGCCCAUAUGAACCAGGGGCUUCACCUGUUCCAGGUCCUGCUGGAGCCUUGAUGCCUGGUUACCUGUCCCAACACCCAUUCCCCUUGGCACAGAUCUGCCAGGAUCCACUUUACCCAGGAAUCCCGAAAAACUACCAGGGGGAAAUUGUCCAGCCUCCACCUUUCUCCUCAGAUCACACCGGAAAAGACUUGCCGAGCGAUACGAGUGUUCUUAGAUUUUUCUUCAACCUCGGGGUUAAGGCGUACAUGUACUCGACGUAUCCUCCGAUCACCUACUUGAUGCCACUGACUCAGGCCUACCAAAUGCAUCUCAAGACUUCUGUUUCCUGGCAACCAGAAAACAACCCCAGACCAGACUUUUCUGCCCCUUGUUCCUCCCCUUGUAACACUCCUAUGGGUCAGUUUGGCAUACGGGGGGUCGGACCUGCCCCUCCUGUGGUGGAAGCUUUUAGCCACCAUGCACUCCCUGGGCAGAUGCCUUUGCCUGUUACUGGGCCGUUCCCCAAUGUCUAUGCAGGCAUGUAUGCUGGUCAUUCAAUCCAAUAUUCCGCUCCUGCCACUUCUGUCGGGCACCAGCAGCUUCCUCUGCCGCCUCCUGAACACGGCGGGAUGAACGUCACCAUGGCUACGAUGAUGGGCGGAAGUCAAACUUCAGCAGGCGGAGUCGUCCUGCCAGGAGUCGCCCCCGAUAUACAGCGCAGUGACGGUGUUUUGAAUAAUGGGGCGGUGUUAACGUGGCUAGCUAACGGAAACAGGCAAGAUACAGGUGGCGCGUCUCUCGGAACACCCUCUCUACUGAAUGAAUGGGUAUCGGAGAGGGCGGAGUUCACUGGCGUGGAUCUGACAAGAGGGCAGAGAUACUUCAAUCAGAACAAAUCCGGCAGGCACGGCCAGGAACACUGGGGAAAUAAAGGGCGCGGCUCACGCGGCCGGAGAGAUUAUUCUGGACGGGACAGGCAGGACGGUCAAAUGCCUUACCACCGAGGAUCGAGAAGUAGAGGGCGGGGCUACACACAACAUAACAGCAGAGCAGGGUAUACAGGAGUGCAGUUUACACCCACGGCCAACAGCUGACAAUCGCCUCGAUUUGCUUUUCUCUUCUGGUUGUGAUGCUUUCUCAUUUAAAUACGUUUGGAAAUGCUCUAAAUGCAUCCCUGUGUGUGUUAGAGAUGGAGAGCAGCACUUCCAGACAGCGCUGACCUUUCGGGAUGGGGCAUUCGAACAGGGCACUUCUGCUCCUCGCAUUGGGUGGGUUAGGCACAUUCAUUUAUUAAGGAUCCUAAAUAAUUUUGGAGGAUCAGCAUGCUCCAAUCAUUCAGUCACAGAUAAGUAACAGUUGCUGAAAUUUAAAUGUAAAUAAAUAAAGAAAUAGCACGCAGGUGUGGUUUAUUUACAUUUAGGGAGUCUGUUCUGCUCUUUUUAGUCUUGCGUGAAUACGUUUGUGGACACAAUUGACUUUCCGUUUCUGCGCUCGUAUCCCAAAUAACAUCCUACUGGCACUGAUGCGUCGUUUAGAACGUGAGACGUCGUAAUGUUGUACCUACAGUUUGUGAACUGCUCUGGCAACCUAAUAACCCUGUUAUUCUGUUAUCGCCAGAGCAGUAGGUGUGAAAAUGCACCAUUUUAAUGUAAAAAAACAAACAAACAAAAAAAACAGGCUUAUUACUGUCAUUAUAGCAAAACCAAAAGCUUUGACUGCCUAGUGAGUUUCUCCUAACCUUUACUGAUGGUAACUGCACUGCACUAGGAGAAAUCUAAGACCUGACAGUAAUUAUAAUGAACAAGGUGAUGAAAUGUGCCUUAAAGCAGAAAUACACUUGUAAUAAAAGCAGAAAAUAAUAGUAAAACUGCACUUUCGAAAAAUAACUUUUUUAACUUUGCUCGAUUUAAACAACUGUAAUUGCUGCGAUCCUGCAGAUUCCAUGAAAUAAAGUUAGCCUGCAAUGAUCUUCAACACUAAGUCUUGUACAGUCUGUCAUCGAGCCCGAGGCUCCGUCCCACACCGUCCAUUUCCCAGUUCUAAUCUGGUAUAUGGUUUAAAUCUGUUUAAAAAGCACUGAUCUAAUCAGCUGAGCAACAGCUCCACCCACAGCCCCAGCUUACACUGUUCUGCUUAAACCCAGCCCUGCUUACAACCCAGCCCUGCUCACACCGAACCCUGCUCACACCGAACCCUGCUUACAACCCAGCCCUGCUUACAACCCAGCCCUGCUCACACCGAACCCUGCUCACACCGAACCCUGCUUACAACCCAGCCCUGCUCACACCGAACCCUGCUCACACUGAACCCUGCUUACAACCCAGCCCUGCUUACAACCCAGCCCUGCUCACACCGAACCCUGCUUACAACCCAGCCCUGCUCACACUGAACCCUGCUUACAACCCAGCCCUGCUCACACCACGCCCUGCUCACACUGAACCCUGCUUACACCACGCCCUGCUUACAUCAAGCCCUGCUUACAACCCAGCCCUGCUUACAACCCAGCCCUGCUUACAACCCAGCCCUGCUCACACCGAACCCUGCUCACACCACGCCCUGCUCACACCGAACCCUGCUCACACCACGCCCUGCUCACACCGAACCCUGCUUACAACCCAGCCCUGCUCACACCACGCCCUGCUCACACCGAACCCUGCUUACAUCAAGCCCUGCUUACACCAAGUCCUGCUUACAUCAAACCCUGCUUACAUCAAACCCUGCUUACACCAAGUCCUGCUUACAUCAAACCCUGCUUACAUCAAACCCUGCUUACACCAAGUCCUGCUUACAUCAAACCCUGCUUACAUCAAGCCCUGCUUACACCAAGUCCUGCUUACAUCAAACCCUGCUUACAUCAAACCCUGCUUACACCAAGUCCUGCUUACAUCAAACCCUGCUUACACCAAGUCCUGCUUACAUCAAGCCCUGCUUACACCAAGUCCUGCUUACAUCAAACCCUGCUUACAUCAAACCCUGCUUACACCAAGUCCUGCUUACAUCAAACCCUGCUUACACCGAACCCUGCUUACAUCAAACCCUGCUUACAUCAAACCCUGCUUACACCAAGUCCUGCUUACAUCAAACCCUGCUUACAUCAAACCCUGCUUACACCGAACCCUGCUUACAUCAAACCCUGCUUACACCAAACCCUGCUUACAUCAAACCCUGCUUACACCGAACCCUGCUUACAUCAAACCCUGCUUACAUCAAACCCUGCUUACAUCAAACCCUGCUUACACCAAGUCCUGCUUACAUCAAACCCUGCUUACACCAAGUCCUGCUUACAUCAAACCCUGCUUACACCAAGUCCUGCUUACACCAAGUCCUGCUUACACCAAGUCCUGCUUACAUCAAACCCUGCUUACACCAAACCCUGCUUACACCAAACCCUGCUUACAUCAAACCCUGCUUACACCAAACCCUGCUUACACCAAACCCUGCUUACAUCAAACCCUGCUUACACCAAGUCCUGCUUACACCAAACCCUGCUUACACCAAACCCUCCAAUAAAUUUAUAACAGAUUAAUUAAAUGAACACAAAGUCGAUUCCUUAGUUCGGCAUCAUUUUCUUUGAACUGGAAACAAACACUAUACCCUGUAAAUUCUUGGUACUUUAUUGUUUUGUAUAAUAUUUAGCUUGAAACAUCUCCAUUGUUGACUCCACUUGUAAAUGCAUGCUUUUUCCCCUCCACCAAACCCAGCUGAAAUUCAGAUGCUUUCAGUUCUCUUGUGCACUCUGUGACACAUGCAAAGCUAGAUACAGUUUGUGAGAACAUUGUACUUAUGCUUACUAAACAUUAUAUCCUCGUGGCUGGUUAGAUACUGUACAUUUACCCGAAAACCUGAGGAAGUGACUUGUAGACACAGUAAACCUCAGCGGUUAAGAAUCACCGUGCUGUACAGAUCUGUUACCUUUUACCGUGCUACAUGUUUAAAGCUCAGUUUGUUUGUUCAUGUUUAUUCUGUGUUAAAAUGAAUGAAUGAAGCAUCUUCUAGAGUUUGCUUUGCACUGCAACCUUUCCUCUUUGUUAACACUCCUGUCUGAAGCAAUAAGAUGUAUUAUUAGGAUUUGGGACACAAUCAUCUAGAGCUCAUGGGUCUAUCGCAACUUGCACUUUUAGCUUUACGUUUGCUGUCAUUCUCGUGGUCCAGCUGAUAAGGUUGGGAAUUAAUCACUUAAGUUCUCAGACAGGACUCUUGGUCGUUUUGAGGUUUCCACUCAGGACGUAUUUAUAAAGACGCACCUUAGUACAUGUUAUUGAAACGGUCUGGAGAAAUGAAAUGAAAGGUGGUGUAAAACGUGCCUUCUGCUAAAUAUCUGAAUUAUAACCGAGUGCCUCUUCUCUUCAUCACCAAAGAUCACAGAAUGUAAGUUUUGAUUCUAAAUGUUAAUAAAAGAGGAUUCGUUUGCUCAAA